AUGGAUUUGCUCAUAAGCUCCGACGCAGUCUCUGAUAAUUAUUAUUUAUGGCCUCUGGAUAUUCUGUUCGAUUUUGUGACGAAACGCGUCAUCAAGUUCGUCCUUCACACGAAUGCGCCGGGUCAUCCAAAUUUCGGAAUAUAUUCGCGAUGCAACUUCGCUAUUGCCAUCAACGACCUGCGGUUUGAGAUACAAACCCAUUCAAAGUUUGACGAAUUCUCGGCGGCGUUUUACGAUCCGAACUCGGACAAAGGGGUCCGUCCGGUAGUCUUGCAACGACAGGAGCCUCAUCCGUUUGGAUCUUCGUUUUGCUAUGGAAUUCACCAAAUUGUCGUCGAAGUUAUGGAAAACGGCUACAUUGCUGCUUUGACCCUCUACGACAAGAAUCUCUAG